AGCAUGUCGCACAAACCACAGAGAAGGCUCGUAGAACCUUCUGUGGUGGCCCUCCACAGGGCCAGGACGCUUCGCCACCGCCUGCAGGCGCGCCCGGCGCCCAGCGCCGUGCCCCGGGGCCCAGCGCCGCCGAGCCCCACCGCUGCCAGGAUGCGCUCCGCGUUGGCGCGGGCCGCGGCCUCGUCGCCGACGCCCGGGAGGCGGGCCACGCGGCCGCCGAGCGGCGCCACGCUGGCCGCGAGGUAG